AUGCCUCGAUUCCUCGUAUACGCUCCCGAUUACCCUGAUCAUCUCGCUGAGAGAUUAGCUGUUCGACCUGAACAUCUCGAACGAUCAGCCAAGGACCCCAAAGGCUUGAUGGUCUACAGCGGUCCAAUCGCCCCCAGACCUGGAACAAAGCAAAGAGAUACUGCCCCCCCACCUGGACAACUUAACUUAGCUGGAAGUUUCAUGGUAUAUCAAAUGGAUACUCUCGAAGAUGUUUGGGCUAGACUCAAGGAAGACGUCUAUUGGAGAGCUAAUGUAUGGGAUAAAGAGAGACUUAUAGUAGAGGAAUUGUUGGAUGUAUAA